CAGUUAAUUACCCCGCCGUUUCGUUUCACGGUUACUCAUUCAUAUAGUUGCAAAGGUAUUGUUGGUAAAAGGGUUGAAGAAUAUGGAAGAGGUAACAGAAGCAGUGAGCAAUUUAAACCUGGUUGAUUCUCAGAAGAAGAGUAAUCGCAUUCAAGUUUCUAAUACAAAGAAACCUCUUUUCUUCUACGUUAAUCUUUCCAAGAGGUAUAUGCAGCAGUAUAAUGAAGUGGAGCUUUCAGCUUUGGGAAUGGCAAUAUCAACAGUUGUAUCAAUUGCUGAAAUUCUAAAGAAUAAUGGGCUGGCCAUUGAAAAACAAAUCAUGACUUCUACAGUUGACGUAAAGGAAGACAUGAGAGGAAGACCUGUUCAAAAAGCCAAGAUGGAAAUCGUUCUGGGUAAGACAGUGAACUUUGAUGAGUUGAUGCUUGCUGGGCAAAAUGAUGGGAACAAUAUUCAGGAACAGAGUUGAAUGCAAAAUUCGUAGUUAAUUUUCUUGGAUUUUAUCAGUUCUAGUUUUCUAGUAGUUUAGAGGCAAAUUUACAACCAUGCAGCUGUUUUUCCACCUAUAUAUUCAUCCUUAUGUUUUUUACAGGCUUUCUUUGUCCAAAGUUCUUCCCACCUCCCUCCUUUCUUUUACUUACAAGAGACAUUUGCCUUUUCUUUUCUUUUUUUGUCUAAACUGAAUUUUACAUUGUAUAUUUUUGGGUCGUUGUGGCACCAGUUCAAA